UAUAAAGAUGUAGAAGCAACUUUUAAUCAAAAAUAUCGACAAAGAGUUGAAAGACAAAUAAGAAUUGUUAAACAAGAUAUCACCGAAGAAGAAGUAGAAGCUAUUCUCGAUUCAGGUCAAUCCAAUCAAAUCUUUGCUCAGAGUUUGAUAAAAUCAAGCCAAGCAAAAUCAGUUUUAUCUGAAGUUCAGACACGACAUGAUGAUAUCAAAAGAAUACAGAACACAAUUCUAGAAUUAGCUCAAUUAUUUGAGGAUAUGCAAAUAACAGUUGAGAAGCAAGAUCAGGUCAUAGAGCAAAUCAAGAAUAAUGUAGAGGAUACUCAGGUCGAUUUAGAACAUGGUAUUAAACAUCUUGAUAAAGCCAUUGUACUUGCAAAAUCAUCUAGAAUAAAACGAUGGUGCUGUUUUAGUAUUACAAUUAUCCUAUCUAUAAUUCUUGCUCUUCUCGUUUGGUGGUUUGCAUUUGAUCACCCAGUAAAAUAG